GGCACCGACACCGAUUUCAGCAACAGUGUUAGUGUUGUUCUGAUGCAAUAAUUUUUGAUCAAUUUUUUUUAAAUUCAAUAUUCAUACAGAGAAAAUUAAUCAAUAAUGGCCGACGAUGAAUUGGAUUUAGAUUUGACUACGAAGAAGAAAAAGAAGACAAAAAAACCAUAUGAUUUUAGUGCAUUGGACGAUGAAGAAUCAUCUGUCAAAACUGAAAGUGUAAAUGAUUCAAAUGUUGCCACUGAAACAAAAACCAAUGAUGUUCCAUUGGACGAUGAUCUGGAUUUAGCCGAUUUUUCCGGCCUUAAAAAGAAGAAAAAGAAAAAGAAACCAUUCAAUCUGGAAGAGCUAGAGAAUGCUUUACCAAGCGAAAGCGGUGAAAAAGAAAGCCCUGGUGAUGAAAAACCGGAUGAUUCUCAAGCUACCGAAGCUGUCGAUGAUUUUGAUCUAGAUUUCAGUGUAUCAAAGAAGAAGAAGAAGAAAAAGAAGACUACUUUUGAUUUGCCGGAUCAAGAUGAUUUUGACAAAGAAAACGAUGCAGAUGCUGAUGACGAUUUAAAAGAGGACAUCCAAUUCAGUGGUGGCCCAUCUAAAUGGCUAGAUUCGGAUCGGGAUUAUACCUAUGAUGAAUUAUUAGAAAUGAUUUAUAACAAGAUCAAGGAAAAGAAUCCUGAAAGUGAAUCUGGAGGUAGAAAAAAAUAUGUUUUACGUCCUCCACAAGUUCUUCGUAUUGGUACCAAAAAAACAUCAUUUGCCAAUUUUCUUGAAAUUUGUAAAUCGCUUCAUCGACAAUCGAAACAUUUGCAGAAUUUUUUAUUAACCGAAUUGGGUACUAGUGGUUCAGUUGAUGCAAAUAAUCAAUUGAUCAUCAAAGGUCGUUUCCAACAAAAACAGAUCGAAAGUGUACUUCGACGAUAUAUAAAGGAAUAUGUUGCUUGCCAAACAUGUCGUUCGCCUGAAACGAUUCUUCAAAAGGAAACACGUCUAUUUUUCUUACAAUGCGAAAGUUGUGGGUCAAGAAGAUCGGUGGCCAACAUUAAAAGUGGAUUUCAAGCCGUCACCGGACGUCGUUCGGCAAUGCGUGCUCGUACUAAUUGAGUCUUUAUAUUUCCAUCUUGUACUGAUGAUCAUAGGCUUUUUCGUACAUUCAGAUUUUUAUUAUAAUAAUCAAUUUUAUUUGCAUUCACAAAAAAUG